AUGAAUAACGAGCAGUUUCGCCGGCUAAUAGCCGACCAGUCAUCGUCAAAACCUACGGACAAGAGCUCAACGCCUGGUCGUGAUGUGUCGCGUGGCGGCGCAACCCCGGGCGGGUCCCUGGGAUCGCGAAUGCGGUCCAGUAUUCCCAUGACCCCACGCUCAGUCACCGGUGUGGACUUCGCCCGCCAGCUUUUUGAGCAACGUCACGAGGGUAAUCGACCUUCCAAGCGAUUCAAGUCCUCCGCCGCGCCGAAGGGUACCUCGCUACCGACAGGCUAUCAGGAUCGUGCAAAAUUGCGCAAUUUAGAGGAUGAGAGCAGUACGGACUUGGAGUCGCGCAUCAAGGCGCUCGAGGAUAUGGUGAAGUUGGGACAGAUCGGCCAGGCUACCUUUGACAAACUGCGCCGAGAACUCGGAGUCGGAGGUAACAUUGAAAGCACACACAUGGUCAAAGGACUGGAUAUGGAUUUGUUAAGAAGAAUCAAAGCUGGCGAGGACGUGUCGCAAGCGGCCGAAAAAUCUGCGCCGCCCCCUGAAACAGAAGACGUAGAUGAGGAAUUCGAGCGUCUGAUGGAAGGGAAGGGACUCGAGGAGCUUCCUGCCGCGCCCAAGGAACAGAAAGAAAAGAAGAAGGGGACUAUGGCACCGCCGCCUGCUAGGCCUAAGACUCGUGAUGAAAUCUUGCGGGAAUUAAAGGCAAGCCGGGCUGCUGCUGCUGCGCCUCCUCCGCCGCCGGAAUCCAUACUUGGCUCAAAAUUCAAGAAGCUGGGUGACGGAAAGCCUGAGAAGAAGCGGUUUGUGGAGCGUGACGAGACUGGCCGCCGACGCGAAGUGCUUCUCAUCACCGAUGCGCAAGGAAAUACGAAGAGAAAGACUAGAUGGCUUGAUAAGCCGGUUGAAGCCCUUGUGCCUGCCGCAGGAGACCUUUUGAUGCCUGAUCAAAGUCUCACACCCCUCGGUAUGGAAGUUCCAGCUGAAAUUGCUGCCCGUGCUGCUGCACAAAUGGCACCCGAAGAUGAGGACGAAGAUAUCUUUGCCGGUGUCGGUGAUGAUUACAAUCCUCUGGCUGGUCUCGAAGACGAGUCAUCGUCUGAUGAAGAUGGUGAAGUGGCAGAUUCGGCCACUGACAGACCCGAAAAGGCUAUUGACAGCGAAGGGGAGAAGAAGCCUGCCACCUCUGAAACAGCACCUGUGAAACCCAAAAACUACUUUACGACCUCAACUACAGCAGAAGAGGAACCUGUUGACCGAUCCAAUCCUCUUACCAAAGAUCCAACCAUUCUUGCUGCCCUCAAACGAGCUGCAGCCCUCCGACAGAGCUCUCCUUCGGCGGAAGGUGAAGCUGACCAGUCUUCUGACACAGCUCUUCGUCACAAGCGCUUCAUUGAAGAGGCACGCCGCCAAGAGGCCAUGGAUGCCGCUGAUAUGGACAUGGGCUUCGGAGGAAGUCGUAACGAAGACGGAGAGGAGGAGGACGAUGGGCCCCUGCUUGACUUCGACGGCGACGAACGAGGCGGGAAAAAGAGAAAGCGUGGCCCCAAGAAAAGGAAGGGUGACAAAGAUAGCGCCUCGGAUAUUAUGCGUGUUGUGGAGGGUCGCAAGAAGGAGGCUUCAUGA